UAUUGCAUGACAGUCAGUGGGUGUUUAUACCAAUAACCAAUGUCAAGUGCUGCUUAAGUGUUAGAUUUGGCGAAAGUGCAGAUUACAAACCAAUAUAUCAUUAGUUAGUUGCAUAACAUAAAUUUUAUUACCAUAUAAACCACAGAACAGAAUUUAUCCAGAAAAUUGAACCAGUUGAGUGAAGUAUCUGGUAAAAUGUGGUCCGAGACCAAAUUUGCGAUCCUCGUCGUCGUCGUCCUCGUUUCCGUCUGUGGGGCGAAAGAUAUCGGUGGGAGGAAUACGACGGCCCUGUUUCAAAAUCCUAUUUGGGACACUAGGUGGCCGGACCCUUACUGUUACCUCCAUACGGAUGGCUAUUACUACAUGCCUAGAUCGGAGAACGGCCGAGAGAUCCUUCUGGUCAGGUCGCGAAUCCUUCACAAUUGGAGAGAGGCUGAAAGUGUGACGGUCUAUGUUGCUCCGCCAGGUCUAGAAAAUUUAUGGGCACCAGAAAUUUUCUAUAUUGGAGGAAACUGGUACAUGUAUUUUGCUCUGGACAAUGGAGACAACGCCAAUCACAGAAUGUAUGUAGUUCGUGCAUUGAACGCGGAUAACCCAAUGGGAGCUUGGUCGGCGGAGAGGAGAAUGAGUAUGCCGGGAGAUGAUUUUUGGGCGAUUGAUGGGACCGUCUUAGAAUAUGGAAAUGGACGGUUGUACUUCAUUUGGUCGGGGUGGCCCACAAUUGAUGCUGGAUUCCCACAAAAUUUAUACAUUGCUCCAAUGUCAGACCCUGAAACCAUUUCGGGACCCAGAGUUUUAAUCAACUGGCCAAGUUAUCCGUGGCAGCAGCAUGGCGCAUCGUUGUUAGAAGGCCCUCAAAUUCUGGUAAAUGCUGGAAGAACUUUCGUAGUUUAUUCCGCCUCUGGAAGUUGGACUGCAGAUUAUCAACUUGGGUUCAUGGGAAUUGAUAACAUGGCUGAUCCCCUGAUUUCAACAAAUUGGUGGAGAUAUGACCAACCCGUGUUCUGGAGGAAUGACGCCGAAGGUGUGUAUGGGGUGGGACAUGCCUCCUUCACUAGGUCAAUAGACGGUACUGAGCCUUGGAUUGUGUAUCACGCUAUGGCUGAUCCUGAUGCGGGAUGGGAUGGACGAACGGCAAGGGUGCAGAAAUUCGGAUGGAAUCCGGACAAUUCUCCUGCCUUUCCGAGGCCUUCAGGAUUUGAAGCCCUUUUGGAAACACCAAGUGGAGAAUAAAUUAAAAUUGAAAACUUGUACAUUCACAACCUUAGUAAAAAUGUAUGAUUCAUGAUUUGAUUUAUUUCACACAAUAGAUUAUCAUUGUAUUAAUUGUAUUAUACAUUUGUAAUCGAAUAAAUCAUUGCAAUUUGGCAUCUCCCUAAACACAAUUAA